ACUAUAUAACAAAUAAUUUGAGUACCAUGACGUUGGAUAGUGCUGGAAGUUUGUUAAAAGAGUAUAAAGUGUACGUAAAGUACCUGAUCCUAUUUUCACUUGCAUAUCUCGUGAAAUGCGUGUUUGAGUAUCUGUACAACCGGUCUAGUAUACUGAACAAUGUCGCUGACUCCUCGGCUCCGAAUGUGAUAGAAAGUGGCGAUAAAGCAGACAGUCCGUUAUUUGACAAUUCAGAUAAAACAGUGGUAGAAGAAAGCCAGGGAGAUUACUUCUACAACAAGUAUUUGACUGAUACUGAAUCAGAGAAGAACAUACACAUUCCAUUCUCGCUACCUCGAUUUGAAGUGGACGAGAUGAAGACGCGUGCGCGCCAGUUCUACGAGGUGGUCAACACGCGGCGCUCCUGCAGGUUCUUCUCCCCAGAUCCAGUGCCUCGUGAUGUGUUGGAACACUGUAUUCUAGCUGCCGGCACUUCUCCUAGCGGAGCUCAUACAGAACCGUGGCAGUUUGUAGUGGUGUACAACAAAGAAGAUAGGGAAAUUAUCAGGGAGAUCGUGGAGGACGAGGAAAAGGUGAAUUACGAACGAAGAAUGGGAAAGAAAUGGUUACAAGAUUUGGCAAAAAUCAAGACGACAUUUGUUAAAGAGUACAUAUCCGAGGCAGACUGUAUAAUCCUUGUUUUCAAGGAGCCGUUUCAUUACAAAGAUAACGUUAAGCACAAUAAUUGGUAUUACGAGGCGUCAGUUUCUAUCUCUGUCGGUAUCCUGCUGUGUGCUCUGAACAAUGUCGGACUUGUUACUGUUACUUCUACUCCAAUGAACUGCGGACCAGCUAUCAGAAGGUUGCUAGGAAGGCCUGAUCAUGAGAAGCUUGCGUUCCUGCUGCCUGUAGGUUACCCCGCCACUUCCGCUACUGUUCCCGCUCUGAAGAGGAAGACCAUCGAUCAGAUCUCACUGAUGAGUAGCGAUGAGGAAAGCAAGCUUAUAUCUCAGUUAACUAAAGAAUACGGUCGUGUCCACACUAUCUCAACCCGCCAGCUCAAAGAAGAACUCUCCAACUUCGGCCUUGACACUCGUGGGACAGUGUUAGUGCUACAGAAGAGGCUGAAAGAACAUUACAGACGUGUUCAGUCAUCAGUUCACCCUCAAAUAGCAAUAUGGCACAGGAAAAAUCCUCAUUCUCACUACGCUAUUAUUGACUUUGAGGCCACCUGCGAUGAAAAUUUACCGGAGACGGAUUUCAUGCAUGAAAUUAUUGAAGUUCCAGUGGUUCUAGUCUCAGCAGCGACUGCAGAAAUUAUAGACAUAUUUCAUGAAUAUGUUAAACCCAAGAUGUGUCCAGUUUUGUCGCCCUUUUGUAAGAAACUCACAGGCAUCAACCAGACUGUUAUAAAUCAGAGUAGAUCAUUCGUGGAAGUCUGGAAAGAUCUUGAGACAUGGAUCGAGGAGAAGCGGAAUCUCUCUGAAACCGGAAUAAAUAGUGAAAACGAAGUCAUCAAAAGUUUGUGCUUUGUUACCGACGGGCCGUGGGAUUUCAAGAAAUUUCUUGCUAAAGAAAGCAGAUACAAUAAUAUGGACUUUCCCUCAAUGUGUGUUCAAUUCUGCAACUUACGACGGAGGUUCUGCAAUUUCUACGGGGUCAAGAGAGUUAAUAUUCAAGGAAUGCUAAAGAAUUUAGGACAAGAGUUCGAUGGGACGCCACACAGCGGGAUAUCAGACAGCAGGAAUAUAGCGAACAUAGUCUGCACCAUGGUCAGGGAUGGAGCUGUGCUCGAUAAUAACGAGGUCGUCGACAUAAACUCCAUUUACACUGCUUGAACAAUCAAGUUGAAUCGAGAGGAAAUGUUUAAGUUCCGUUUUUAAAAGUUAUCUAGGUGUUUUGAACUUUGUUUGUACAUUGUUUGGCAUCCUAUAUCCAGAUAUUGGUGGCCCAAUUUGCAGUCGUUUACUUGAUUUAUUGGAAUUUUUGUACGGGCUUGUUAUGACUAACAUCUUGGAGUUGGUCCCUUUGAUUUUUGAUAAAACGUUUUUAAAGCAUGUCGAGUUUUUGUAUAUUGGUAAUUGAUUAAUGAUGUGCUACCCCAGCUAGCCCAGAGAGUCAUUUAAAGUUCCAUAUCGACUGUCGAAAUGAAAGCUUGGUCAUGAUCAUAGCUUAAUAUGUAUUUAUUCCUCGUAUCGUGUUUGAGAUGAGAUUACUCGUAUUUGAGAUGUCUAAGAUUUAUGAUAACUUGCUUAUUGAGUGAUAUAUUUAAGAGAUACUCGUAUGAUUUAAAGCUAAUUAAUUAGAAUCAUGCCAUGUGGUAAUGAACCCCCCCCCCCCCCCCCCCAACUAUUGUUUCUAUAUUUUCAAUGCUGGUACUGCCAAUCCAAUCAGUAGAAAGUUGCCUUAAGUUCAGUAGUCUUGGCAAGGCUAGGGCCAUAUUAUUCAGUUCCCUCAUUAUACCAGUUAAUACCUGGCUGGUAUUAACAUAUUAUCAUAUACCAUCCCUCAAACUUUCGGGGUCCUAAUCCGGGAAUUUCUAUCCGAUAUCUGGUUAUAAAGUUCAGUAAAUUGUUUUUUGUUUGACAACAAGAUUUAAUUGAAUGUUUGUACCGUAUACACUUCUUUCCCGCUCCAGUAAACUAGAAAUUUUAAUAUUUCAUAAGUUUGUGCAACAGAAAAAGUCUAAUUUAGCCUCAAUUAUACUUGAUUUAACCUAAACGUGACUGAGCCUAAUUUUAGAUACGCAUUUAAAUAAUAGUAUGGAAUUUGCGGCUAAGAUUUGUAUCGUUUUAUCAGUAAAACACGCCCUUUAAAUACAGUCUUAUGAAAAUGAUAUCUUCGCCAAGUUCAAAGUUACUGUUACUUAGAGUAAUUUUCUUAGAGUAAGCUUCUUACCUUCCACCAUUACAUAAAUAGAGUUAAUUUUGUUUCGUGAAAUUA